AAAAGGUACAUUCUGCUUGCAGUCUAGCUGCAGUGUCAUUUAGUUUGCGCACACCUACAUCAGAGAUUAGUUUGGGUAGAAACCCUUUUUCUUUUUGUCCCGUACCAAACUCUAAUCUCUCGGAGCCUCAAUUUGUGCCUUUUGAUGUGAGGUCAUUUAGGGAAGAGCCAGGCAGUUUUUUCAACUUUCCAACUCAGUGUGGGGCCGGCUCCUGAUAAUGAGGGUUGGAUUGGUAUUUCUCUGGCCACACCUCCAUUCAGCUUCUCGUUUGAAGGGUAAUGUGUAGAUUUCAAGCUGUAGAGGACAAGUCAAUGUGAUCAGGCAGCCCUUGCACAUCUGUAGGGAUACUGAGCUCAUGGCUUUAACACGGCUUAGCCUUGGGAUCACAGUGCUCGUGCUCAUUUUACCUGCUCUGUCCAAUGGCCAGUUCUGGACAGACUGGUUGUGGACAGGGAACAAAGGGACUACAGUGAGCCCGACAACGAAACCUGUGAUUCCAGCAACUACUUCAGUGCAAAGUACUGUGCAGCAUCACUCACCUGAUGCAUCACCAACUACAUUGCACCGUACACCGGAGGCACUCCUCUUAGCCCUGCAUACAUCAGCACCUGUAGUCCAGCACCCAACUGAAGAAGAUAACCUGCCAGAUGCAACAUCCGCUCACUUAGAGCCAGCUUCUCUGUCAUCAUCAGAGAAACUCACACCUUCAGCAACACCUUACACAGAACCUUCACCCACAGCAUCCUCCUCAGCCGUACCCAAGCCCAGCACAGUGAUUCUAACCACUGAGGGCAAGAAUGACAGCACAGAGACAGCAGGAAUGACCAGACCCCUCCAAAUGACAGAGUCCCCCACUACUGUCAGGAGGCAGGAGGAAAAGCAAAUAUGGAACAUCUUUAGCGUGCAGAAAGGAAAGGAAAACGUGGUGUCUGGGACUUUGGCCACAACUCCUGUAGUGAUAGAUGGAACCAGUGGACCCACCAUGUCAGAGGCUCCAAACCCUCUCAAGCUGGAAAGUGAACACAACAUUUCUGGUGUAGGGGCCGAGAUCUUAAAUGUAGCAGAAGGAAUUAAGAACUUUGUGCAUGGCUGGGAAGAUAAAGUUACCAACACCACAAAGCAAAUUAUUACCCCUGACACGGAGAUGGUGACUGUCACGACAGUCAGAAGCCUUAACAUUAAUGACACUGGUACCUUAAAUCACAACGAUGCAGAACAGAGAGAGAAUACUACUGAAAACCAUACAGAGCGUCCAGUGUCUGAGCCACAUAAACUGAUCUCAUCCCACAACAAGACACUUCUACCAGACAACUUCGGCCUGGAAGUUGGCCUCUUGCAGUUGAUUGGAGAACCUGUACCUAGUCAGAUCACCAAAGUGCUUGGGCCCGACAAGACUCCUGCCUAUGUAUUUGAUAAAGAAGCCAAUACAGGUCAGGUGGCCCAAUACCAUCUGCCCAAUCCCAUGUAUAGGGAUUUCUCUCUUCUCUUCCAUGUCCAGCCAACAACUAACAAGGCCGGCAUCCUGUUUGCCAUCACUGAUGCCUCUCAGUCCAUUGUGUAUAUCGGGGUGAAGCUUUCUGAAGCCAAGGAUGGGAAACAAGACAUCAUCUUCUACUACACAGAGCCUGGCUCACGGGAUUCCUACAUAGCUGCUACCUUCAAUGUCCCAUCACUGGUGAAUCGAUGGUCUCGCUUUUCAAUCAGUGUGGAGGAUGAAGAAGUUGUACUGUUCAUGAAUUGUGAUGAAAUGGAAAGGGUGCGCUUCGAGAGAUCUCCUGAUGAGAUGGAACUAGAAGAUGGCUCUGGGCUCUUUGUUGCUCAGGCAGGUGGUGCUGAUCCAGAUCGAUAUCAGGGUGUCAUAGCAGAUCUAAAGAUUGUAGCUGAUCCAAGAGCAGCAGAACAACAGUGUGAAGAUGAUGGCGAUGACUCUGAUGGGAUCUCUGGAGAUUUUGGCAGUGGUAUUGCAGAUAAUGAUUUGGUGACGGCUUCUCCUCCUGUGGUCAUCAAAGUGCAGCCUCCUAUAAAUGUCCCUCCCAUACAAAAGAACCCUGUGGAGAAAGAGAUUGUUCAGACUGGUCAAGGUCAGCAAGGGAUUAAAGGAGAGAAGGGUGAUCGUGGAGAGAAGGGUGAGAGGGGACUGACUGGUCCUAAGGGAGACAGUGCAAGUGUGAGCCUUGCUUCUGAUUCCAAAGCAGAAAAGGGCCAGAAAGGAGAGGUCGGAUUCAAGGGAAGUGCAGGCUUUGGUUAUCCUGGGCCUAAAGGGCAGAAAGGAGAUCCUGGAAUCAUGGGACCAAGAGGACAUCCAGGCCCCCCUGGACCAUCUGUUUUACAAAAAAGUGAUGGAACUACAGUACAGCAGGUCACAGGACCUCCAGGUCCUCAAGGCCCAGCAGGACCGCCAGGAAAUGACGGGGAACCAGGUGAUCCAGGUGAAGAUGGAAAAACCGGUGAAGUUGGUCCACAAGGAUUUCCAGGGACCCCCGGUGAUAUUGGGCAGAAAGGAGAAAAGGGUGAUUCUGGUGUUGGUAUGCGAGGUCCUUCUGGGCCACCAGGUCCACCAGGCCCCCCUGGACCUUCUAGAAUGGACAAGCUGACAUUCAUUGACAUGGAAGGUUCUGGAUAUGGUGGAGAUUUGGAAAAUGUCAGGGGACCCUCUGGUUUACCUGGGCCCCCAGGUCCUCCAGGUGUACCUGGUUUACCUGGAGUACCUGGAACUUUUGGAAUGAACAAUACAGGAUUACCAGGUCCACCUGGGUUGCCAGGUCUUCCAGGAAAGGAAGGAUUUCCAGGUCCUCCUGGCCCUUCAGGACCCCCUGGAAAAGAUGGAUUAACUGGUGCAGCUGGUGUUGCUGGAAUACGGGGUGAAGAUGGAGAGAUUGGUCUUCCAGGGGCCCCUGGAGUAAAGGGUAGCCCUGGUGAGCCAGGACAACCUGGAGCCGUUGGACAACCUGGUUUAGCUGGACUUCCUGGACCAAUGGGACCUCGUGGGCUACCAGGUCCUCCAGGACUACCUGGGCCUGUGGGGCGUGGCUCUGCAAUUGGCUUUGAUGACAUGGAAGCAUCAGGGCUUGGGUUUGGCCCAAGAGAAGGGACACAGGGGCUUUCUGGACUUCCCGGGGCAAAGGGAGAGCAAGGAAAUCCAGGGAUGCCAGGAUUACCAGGAGUGAAGGGAGAAAGUGGUUCUCCAGGCCCUGAAGGAAGGCAAGGGUUGGAUGGCUUCCCAGGUCUAGAGGGAUUAAAAGGUGAAAAAGGUGAACAUGGUGAGCGGGGAGAACCUGGUCGUGAUGGUGUUGGUAUUCCAGGUCCACCUGGACCUCCUGGACAGGUUCUUUAUUUACCAUCAGAUGACAAGAGUGCUGUUGGUGCCAUUUCAGGACCAGAGGGCAGGCAAGGUGUAGCUGGACUUCCGGGCCCAAGGGGACCCAAAGGAGAUCAGGGCUUGGAUGGUUUCCCAGGAACUUCUGGAGCAAAGGGAGAAAGGGGAGAACCUGGACUUAUUAUGAGACCCGAUGGCACCAUUUAUACUGACCUAUCAAAAGCAGAGAAGGGCGAGCAAGGGCCAACAGGACCAGCAGGCUCUGUGGGACCAUCUGGACAAAAGGGAGAAAUCGGGUUUCCAGGACGCCCUGGUCGUCCUGGUAUGAAUGGACUGAAAGGGGAGAAAGGAGAUCCUGCAAGUGGUGGCUUUGGCCUUAAUGGGCCUCCUGGACCUCCUGGCCCUCCCGGUCCUCCUGGCAGUGUGGUGUAUGGAGAUCCGAAUAUCCCAAGAGCAUAUCCAGGCCAAAAAGGGGAGAGAGGAUUUCCUGGACCCAAAGGUGAUGUUGGUCCUGCUGGCCCACCAGGUUCAUUCCCCUAUGAUUUAAGUACCUUUGCCUCAAUCUUAACGAGAGAAGCUGGACUCAAAGGAGAGAAGGGUGAACCUGGGGGUGGUGACAAUGGACAGGGGAUCCCAGGGCCAUCUGGAAACCCUGGAUAUCCAGGACUACCGGGAGCUAAAGGAGAAAGUGUCCAAGGUCCUCCCGGCCCAGCUGGCCCACCAGGACAUCCUGGAACUGGUUAUGAAGGACGGCAAGGUCCACCAGGGCCCCCAGGUCCACCAGGCUUACCAGGCUCCUCCUCCUCAUACCCUGGCCCUCACAGGCAAACCAUCAGUAUACCUGGACCUCCUGGCCCACCAGGCCCACCAGGUCUUCCAGGAACAUCAGGAGGAUUGUCCGGGGCUACUGUGCUGCAGACCUAUCAGACUAUGAUCAACUUAGCCCACAGACUGCAGGAAGGGACAAUUGUGCUGGUCCAGGAGAGGGCGGAGCUGUAUGUGCGUGUGAGAGAAGGCUUCCGGAAAAUUCUUCUUGGUGAAUAUUCAGCACUCUCUGGCCCGGGACAGGAUAAUGAAGUUGCUGCGGAACAAGCCCCUGUAGUUCCAUAUCCACACCGUAACAAAGAUUCAGAUUACCUUCAGUCUACAGAGGAGAACAGCAACAAUGCAAAUGUUCCUUCAGGUGCCCGACCCUGGAGUGAUCCACGACUCCCAGAGCCACCAAGAGUAGAUCCACCACCUCCAGACCAUCACCACCAUGGAAACCCUCAUCCACUGGAACCAUCACCUGUGCACACUCACCAACAGUUUAAUCCUGCGCUUCACUUGGUGGCUCUGAACGCUCCUCUGAGUGGCAGUAUGAAAUCCAUCCGAGGAGUGGACUUCCAGUGCUUCGAGCAGGCCCGCAAGUCUGGACUACAUGGCACAUUUAGAGCAUUCUUGUCCUCCCGACUUCAGGAUCUGUACAGCAUUGUACGCAGAGCUGAUCGGCAAUCUGUGCAAAUUGUUAAUCUCAGGGAUGAAGUGUUGUAUGACAACUGGGAGUCACUGUUUUCUGGUUCGGAAGCUCAGAUGAGGCCUGGUGCACGUAUCUUCUCUUUUGAUGGAAAAGAUGUUGCAACGGACCCUACAUGGCCACAGAAGAUGGUUUGGCAUGGGUCAGACGCUAAAGGGCGGCGACUUACUGAAAGCUAUUGCGAGACCUGGCGCACAGAUGAAAGUGCAGUGACUGGUCAGGCUUCAUCGCUGACAAGUGGGAAACUCUUAGAACAGCGCCCACAGAGCUGCAACAAGAACUUCAUUGUUUUGUGUAUAGAGAACAGCUUCAUGACUAAUAACCGGAAGUAGAUGCACACAAUGAAGCUAGGGGGUGCUAAUCUUAACAGAGGCUGCACAUGGACUGUCCAGGAUUUGUUUUUCUUUUGUCCAGAGACCAAAGAGUGUCUGAAGCUGCUCUCCCAUGAGCCGUUAUGUGCAGUUUUACUGUCCCAGCCUUCAUGGAGCAACAUUGCUUGGAAACACUGUGUGAGCUAUUCCCUGCCUCCGCUUGAAAACCCUGUGGCAGCUCUAGUGUUACAUUCUCCAAACUCAGACAAUGAUCCUUUCCCUGGAAUGUGGAACUUCCAGAACCCAUUCUUCACAAAAGCCUUUUGAGGCCGACAGGGUGGAUGCAGAGCUCAUGGGUGCUCAUCACCACUCACUCGGCGGCCAAAAAUAGGAAUAGUCUGUAUGUAUUCUGUAAUAUUUAACCACUAUUAGUUACACAGACCCACACAUAUUACUACAUGUAUUUCUUUUGUCUGUUUCCUUAUACACUGAAAAAACACCUGGUGGCAAAUGCUUAAUAGAACGUAGUUUGUGUUUAUGAACAGGAAAAUAAUUGAAUUUACCCAUAAAAGGUUUAAAAACCUCUUUCUACCACUGACUCCUUGCAGCAACUUGGCAUAAUGUUUAGGCACUCCUAUAUUCCUUUGUAUAUACCUGUUACAGAGUGCACUCAGGCCUAAUGUGGGUUUGCUUAGCUACGUGGGGGAUUCCAGUAGGGAUGGUCUAUGGGCUGUUUCUGUACAGAUUCUUCAUGAUAAAAUACAGUUCAUAACCAGAAGCCCCACCUUACUACACUGAGACAACCUAGGCCUAACUGACAUACAAGGAAUCCUUCGUUUAUAAACAUUGGCCACGGCUGUUAAAAGUUGAUUUGUACAGUUAGUUUCAGAUUUUAGUGAAAAUAUAAAAAAUAUGUACAUUUUCCAGUAGUUAGAAUUCUUUUGGGGAUUGUAGUGGUGAUUUAUAAAAUGACCAACCUUUAUUUGCACAGUGACAACCCCAACUGCAGCAAAUGCACAAAUUAAAUGCGGCUUUUAUCCUAAAUUGGUCCAGCAAUUUUCAUGGAAGAACUAAUUGGCCCCACUGGCACUUGGGGGGGGGGUUAAUGUAAUAAGUGAUACUAGUUAGCUCCAUAGCCGCCAGUCAGCAGAUGGCAUUAAGCUUCCUGCUGUAUGAGAAGCAACAUCCAGGUGCUGUUUUACUCUAUGUAUUUGUCUGUGGCCUGUAGUAUUUGCAGUACAGGACUUCUUUCCCUCAACUCUCAGGAUCAUGGUGCCAUAUAUCUCCUGUAUGAAAGCUUUCCAUGAACCUUGAGCUGAGGAACAGAGAGCUGGGGUGUAGGCUACAGUCUUGAGGUUGGUAGACUUGCCUUGUCCGUAAUGAUGUCAGCAAAUGAGAGCCUGGCACACAGGUUUAUAGUAAUAAAUUGCCGUCAGUGAGGGAUAAAACUCCUUUCUACUUCUAAAGGUGCUAAAAAAAAAAUCUUUAUUUUUUUAAAUGCUUUUAGAUUAUUUUUAAACCAGGAAACAGAUGAAGUUUAUUUUACUGUAAUCUUUGUAUUUUUGAAACAAAUCAAACCUGUGGAUAUUUUACAUUCAUUGCUAUAAAUACUUCUAGGACAAA